GUAUCAUUUGACCUUGUAGACUUGUCUAAGCAGGGCUCAGGCAAUUAAUUAAUCACUUGUCAACAAACAAACAAGAGAAGUCUGAGAUCGAGAAGCUUUAGAGGAGGAUUCUAACCUAUUCUACUAGAGUUCAUGUUAGGUAGUCAUGGAGACGUCUCAAGGUGUUCUACUCAAGGGUUUACCAUUCGCUGCUACUAAGGCGGACAUUAAGCAAUUCUUCCAAAGCAUCGAAAUUCGAGAUGAUCAAAUUACGAUAAUCGUUUUUCGCAAUAAAAGGUCAACUGGUUUGGGUUUUGUGCGCUUGAAGGCUGAAGAGGUACAGAUGGCAUUAUUGAAUGAUCGCAAUCAUAUGGGUGAUCGCUACAUAGAGGUCUUCACUGCCAGCGAGGCCGAUCUGUAUGAGCUUGUUCUAAUGGCACGGGAGGAAGGGAUUGACCCCAAAGAAGUAUUCCGGCUAGCUGGAAAGUAUUCUAAGAAGAGUGGAGUGAGGGACAGGUCUCCUAUUAGGAACACUACCAAGUGUGCAUAUUUCUCCGGAGUUCCAAAGGGUUGUACUUUUAGACAUGUGAGAGAGUUCUUCAAAGGUCGUCUGAUUGGUCGGAACUGCAUACACCUGCUCAGAGAAGAGGGUGGUUCAUUCAGAGGCGAUGGUUAUGUAGAGUUUAGCUCUGGUGAGGAGUGCAUGAAAGGCCUGAGGAAGAACGGCGAUCUGAUGGUUGAUUCAGUACUAGAGGUGGUGCCAUGCUCUAAGGAUGAGAUGACAGAAAUUGUUGAGAGAAUUAAUGGACCAGAAGCCAGAGAGGAUUUGCGUAGUACACUGAGCUCUAGACGAGGACACAAGGAGCACAAGCGCAGACACACACCAUCACCUGUUCGCAAGAGAAUGAAAGCUUAUGCUGCAGCGUACGGAGCACAGGAGCAAGAAAUGGAAGAGUAUGGUUUGCAUGGCUAUCAAGAGGAUCGUCACUACAUGCAUCGAUCAAGACGUGAUAAGUAUGAGGAGACACACUGGAGGAGGCGUAGUGGGGGCGGGGAGGUGUGGGACUAUCGUGACAAGGAGCACGUGUAUCAGCACGAGUACAGAGAGGCUUAUGUUGCUCCCACCCAUCAAGACCCCCCACCCCCAGGGAGGACAGGCUACACUAGUAGAGGCUAUGCUGGUGAUGGUGAGGUAGCUAAUGGCCACACACCCACUACACGGUCCAGCGCAGGUGGACCACCCGAGCGGAAAAUGGUACGAAUGGACGGUCUUCCGUAUGAGACUACUGUGAGACACAUCAUGGACUUCUUUACUGAGUAUCGUUUGGAGCAUGAGCAGAUACGCAUCCAGUGCAGGGAUGACGGCAGUCCCAGUGGCAAAGCAUUCAUUGUCUUCUCCUCUGAGAAGUUUGCAAGAGCUGCUGUAGGCAGUCAUGAUAAGAGGUACAUCUUGGGGCGCUAUGUAGAGAUCACACUGGUAUAGAUAGCAAGAUGGAUGGAUGUAGGACAGUACUUCAUACGUAUAUAAUUAUGUGUGGCUGUCGUUUGCUUGUGUACAUGUAUCUUCCUUUAUCACUAUAUGAUUAUAUAUGCAUGUACAUGAUUUGUCGAACAAUAAUUAUACAAAUGAAAAUGUUUAUUUUGAAUUUCAA